UACUACUUUACCCUCGUUAAUCUUCUAUUAAUACCAUGGCAAAUGCAUCAGCCAAGAAACUCGCAAUAGCGAACAACAAAAUCUUGGAUAACCUUCGUAUAGGUUUCAUGGUGGUUCAUCUUUUGUUCAUUGGAUAUCGUAUUAUCUACAACUGGCCCACGUUUACCACGGCACAACUCGCGCUUUAUAUCUUGACGACGGGUGUAUCCAUGUUUAUGUACAGCACACUUGAGACCACUGGCCGCCCGUAUUAUGAUGCAACAGGCACUCUGAUCAAGAGUGGUGAUGAUAUGAAUGCUGAAGGAUUGACUGCAUACAUGUUUGACAUUAUCUAUGUCACUUGGUUUACGCAGAUAAUGGUCGCCUUUGUUUCCACCAAAUUUUGGUAUACCUUCCUCGUGAUUCCAGGAUAUGCUAGCUACAAGCUUUUCCCAAUGAUCUUGUCGUAUAUUCGCCAGAACAGAUCUGGAGGAGAGGGUUCUGCUAAAGGAGCAGAGGGAUCCAAAUCGAAACGUCAGGCCAAGAUGGAAAAGAGAUCUAACAAAGGAAAUGUAAAAUACGUUCGAUAAAGAAAAAUCAUUUGUAUGUAUAUAUCAAUACAUAAUAACUUCUCUCCACGACUGCGGAUUGCACUAGUUUAUAUCAAUUGUACUCUUACAACAAACAUAAAUUCAAUUAUGUGAUACCUUUCUAUUUGGUUUUCAUAGUCCAUAAUUUCUUCUCACGAAC